AUGGGCUUCUCUGAAAAAGAGAUCUCCCAGGAGGACAGCACCUCUGUGCAGCUGCCACCUUUUGCUUCUAAAGAUGAAGAAGUCGCCUUGGAGGUAGAGGUCGCCCAAGACCAGCCAGGAUUCUGGACUCGGAUGGGCUGCACCCCGGAAUCCUUCAAGAAACGAACUCUCGCAGACAAACAUAACCAGUUGAACCAGACGUUGAAAUCCCGUCACCUGCAUAUGAUAGCAAUUGGCGGAAGUAUCGGCGCAGGUUUUUUCGUUGGUUCAGGCUCAGCAUUAGCAAAAGGUGGUCCAGCAAGCGUUGUGAUCGACUUUGCAAUUAUUGGUGUCAUGAUAUUUAAUGUCGUAUUUGCCCUUGGAGAAUUAGCCGUCAUGUACCCAGUGUCUGGAGGGUUCUAUAUAUACUCAAGCCGAUUCAUCGAUCCAUCAUGGGGCUUUGCCAUGGGCUGGAACUAUGUUCUCCAGUGGCUCAUUGUCCUUCCCCUUGAGCUCACAGUGGCUUCACUGACUAUAAACUUCUGGAAAGUUGAUCUCAGUGUUGCUGUAUGGAUAACAGUCUUCCUGGCGGCCAUCAUAAUAGUCAACAUCUUCGGAGUUCUUGGAUUCGGAGAGGAAGAGUUCUGGUCUAGUGCACUGAAGCUCAGUGCAGUUGUCAUAUUUAUGGUGAUAGCAGUGGUUCUCGUUUGCGGAGGAGGUCCAAAGGAUGGAAUUUAUUCUGAAUACUGGGGGGCAAGGUUGUGGUAUGACCCCGGGGCAUUCCGCAAUGGCUUCAGGGCCUUCGCAUUUUUUGGCACUGAGCUAGUUGGACUAGCAGCAGCCGAGAGCAAGAAUCCCCUAAAAUCGCUUCCAUCGGCAAUCAAACAAGUAUUCUGGCGCAUUAUCUUGUUUUAUAUCCUCGGUCUUUUCUUCAUUGGUCUUCUCGUCCGCUCCGACGAUGACCGCUUGCUUGGUGCAAACCCUCUGAUCGACACCAAUGCCUCGCCGUUCGUGAUUGCUGCCCACGACGCUGGUCUCGUCGGCUUUGACAGCUUCAUGAAUGUUAUCAUCCUUGUUUCAGUUUUUUCAAUUGGAAACUCGGCCGUCUUUGCAGGAUCUAGGACCCUAACAGCCAUUGCUGAACAAGGAUACGCACCCCGUAUCUUUUCCUAUGUUGACCGAGCUGGUAGGCCACUUAUCUCAACAGGCACACUCAUUGCAUUUGGUGGUCUGGCAUAUGUGAAUGUCACUGCAAGUGGUGUUGAAAUCUUUGACUGGCUCCUUGCGCUGUCUGGCUUAACUGCGCUCUUCACCUGGGGAAGCGAAUUCAAUAUUAACUCCGAUGAUAUCCAGAUUUGUCUCGCUCACAUUCGGUUCCGCGCUGCCUGGGCACAUCACGGUCGCACUCUUGAUGAGAUCCCCUUUAAGGCUGCCCUCGGUGUCUGGGGUUCCUGGGUUGGGCUAUGCUUAGUUUGCCUAGUCCUUAUCGCUCAAUUCUAUAUCGCUAUCUGUCCAGUUUCAGGUGGCAUUAAUGACGCAAAGGGCUUUUUCAAGUCAUACCUUGCUCUUCCCGUCGUCCUAUUCUGCUGGGCUUGCGGCUAUGCUUGGAAGCGCAAGGGAUGGCUGAAACUCGACGAAAUCGAUAUCGACUCAGGGAGAAGAGAGAUUGACUGGGAGGUUUACAAUCAGGUGUUGGAGAAGAGAAAGAACUCUUCGUUCAUGAAGCGCCUUUACUACAGGCUCUUUUAA